GAAAAAUCAUAAAUAAAUGGAGAAGUGUUGCGCCACGUGGUUUGGCCGCUAACCCUCCGCGGCCCCUAAUCAGAUCCAUCACCCAUACCCUUUACUACUUUUUAGAUUGCUCGAUGGCCGACGUAAGCGACCCCACCAUAGCCCAAGGUAUGCUUUGCCGUUCAUCGUAACCAAAUGCUCACUUCACUGGUUCCAGCGUACGAAGACGUUCGGUCAGACAAGUCGGAAACGACGUGGUUGCUACUCGACUACGAGUCCGACCGCUCCGACCGCCUAGUCCUUACGUCGAGCGGGACGGGAAACCCGCUGGAUGAGCUGAAGGAUAACCUGGACGAGUCCAAGGCGUCGUUUGCGUAUGGGCGGGUGUCGUAUGCGAAUGAUAAGGAGAGUACGAGGGAGAAGUUUAUCUUGGUGGUGUGGAUAGGGCCGCAGUGCAAGGUUAUGCGAAAGGCCAAGAUCUCGGUGCACUCUGCGGACGUGAAGAACGUGUUGAGGGUAUUUUCGAUUGAGGUUGCUGCUCGUGAGAAGGGUGACCUUGAGGAGGAGCCUAUCGUCAAGCGGUUGAGAAAGGCCGGCGGUGCGAGUUACGAUGGUGUAUAAUUCUCGCUUAUACUUGUUUGUUUGUUUAUAAUACCCAUUUAAUCUACGGCCCCAGCGUCCUCAGUCUGCGGAUACUCUCGUCACCUUCGAGGCGCAUACCAACCCAUUCUUCCAUCCGAGUUGCCCCGAGCGUGUUUUCGUAAAAUGCGAUGGACGGCGCGUUCCACUGAGAGUAUGUUAGUUGCCGUCGGGAUAGAACGGGGAUACACGCACCUUGAGCACGGACCAAUCGAUGCGACCGCAGUUCUACAGACUGUAAGCAAGGAACGUCUUGGUACAUGCAUCAUACCUUUUCUUCCGCGAUCUCUCCGA